UCAUACCUCAGACCUCACCCAUCUCACCUUCUGGCCUAACUUCACCUCACCUCACCUCGUUCAGUCAAUCUCUCUCCGGCUCGGAUCCGCGUGCUCGCUGCCAUCACUCCCUCCACAACGCUCUUUUCAUUCCGUCGUCAACCCAGCAGUGUCGUCUGGUCAUUUGCCGACUUGGUGCUCUCUUAGUCUCUCUUGCACAGCCUCUCUUCUAUUUCUCGCUCAAUCUCGGGAUAAGAUUUAGAGCGUUGAGCAUAGUGUUCCGACACUACUUUGAAGGGAAAGCAGCUUUUCAUAGUGAAGAAAUUGAAUAGGAAAGCAGCCUCUACUAGUACAGUAGUACUCUUGGUUGUGCUACCAUUUUCACUUGAAAUAUAUUAAAAGAAUCGAAAAACUUUCCUCACUGAGAAAAGCCCUAAGAACCACCACCGCCGCCAUGGGAGACCUCGCCGCCCCUCCCAAGCUCCCCAUCCCCGGCCAACGCAACGUCCUCAUCACCAGCGCCCUGCCCUACGUCAACAACGUCCCUCACCUCGGCAACAUCAUCGGCUGCGUUCUCAGCGCCGACGUCUUCGCUCGCUACUGCCGCCUCCGCUGCUACAACACCGUCUAUGUCUGCGGCACCGAUGAGUACGGCACCGCCACCGAGACCAAGGCUAUGGAGGAGAAGUGUAGCCCCAAGGAGAUCUGCGACAAGUAUCAUGCGAUUCAUAAGCAGGUGUAUGAGUGGUUCAAUAUAAGCUUUGACAAAUUCGGAAGGACUUCAGCGCCUGAGCAGACCGAGGUUUGUCAGGCGAUUUUCAAUAGGCUGCUGAAGAAUAACUGGCUUUCAGAGAACACAAUGCAGCAGCUUUACUGUGAUACAUGCACGCGCUUUUUAGCCGACAGGCUCGUGGAGGGAACUUGCCCGACACCAGGUUGUGAUUAUACCUCUGCGAGAGGGGAUCAGUGUGAGAAGUGUGGGAAGCUUUUGAACCCCACAGAAUUAAAGGAUCCAAAGUGUAAGGUGUGUAAGUCGCCUCCACGGAUCCGUGAUACAAACCAUUUAUUUCUGGAACUUCCUUUGCUGAAGGAUAGGUUGGAAGAGUAUAUAAAUAAAAUGUCAGUGGAGGGUUCUUGGAGCCAGAAUGCCAUUCAAGCGACAAAUGCAUGGCUCAAAGAGGGGCUUAGACAGCGGUGUAUCACCAGGGAUCUGAAGUGGGGGGUUCCAGUUCCACAUGAUAACUUCAGGGACAAGGUUUUCUAUGUGUGGUUUGAUGCGCCUAUUGGUUAUGUUUCAAUUACUAAAUGCUACACUCCAGAUUGGGAGAAAUGGUGGAAGAAUCCAGAGAACGUGGAGUUGUAUCAAUUUAUGGGCAAAGAUAAUGUGCCAUUCCACACGGUUAUGUUUCCUUCCACGCUUCUCGGAACUGGUGAAAAUUGGACUUUGAUGAAGACAAUCAGUGUUACUGAAUACUUGAACUAUGAAGAUGGAAAGUUUUCUAAGAGUAAGGGAAUUGGAGUAUUUGGAAACGAUGCCAAAGAUACAAACAUUCCUGUUGAAGUAUGGCGAUAUUACUUGCUAACCAAUAGGCCCGAGAUCUCAGACACAUUAUUCACAUGGGCGGAUUUGCAAGCAAAACUCAACAGUGAGUUGCUCAAUAAUUUGGGCAACUUUAUCAACAGGGUGUUGAGUUUUGUUGCUAAACCUUCAGGUCAAGGAUAUGACUCCAUUAUUCCAGAUGCUCCAGAUGCGCUUUCUGAUCCUUUGACAAAUAGAACAGCUGAAAAAGUGGGUAAAUGUGUGGAGGAAUACGUAGAGGCCAUGGAGAAGGUAAAACUAAAGCAAGGACUCAAACUAGCAAUGAGCAUUUCUAGUCAAGGGAAUAUAUAUCUGCAAGAAAGUCAGUUCUGGAAACUUUACAAGGUAGAUCAACCUCGCUGCUCUGUUGUUAUGAGAACUGCAGUGGGGCUGGUGCAUCUUCUUGCCUGCUUAUUAGAACCCUUCAUGCCCUCAUUUUCUGUUGAGGUAUUUAAGCAGCUCAAUUUGCCUCCUGAGACACAGAUAUCGCUAUGUGAUGAUAAAGGCGAGAUUGAGAGGGCAAGGCGGCCUUGGGAGAUUUUACCUAUAGGUCACAAGAUUGGGAAACCAGAGCCGCUGUUCAAGGAAUUGAAUGAUGAGGAAGUAGAUUCUCUAAGGAAGAAGUUUGCCGGAAGUCAGGCCGAUAGAAAGGAAAGGCAAGAAGCUGAAGCAGUGAAGUUGGCUGAGCAACUUAAGAAAUCAAAAGUUUCAGAUAAGACUGGAAAGAAAAAGCAAGCCCCAAAAUCUGCAACUGAAGCUGAGAUUACCAUAUCUAGACUAGAUAUUCGCGUAGGCCUCAUUACAAAAGCUCAAAAGCAUCCUGAUGCUGAUUCACUCUAUGUUGAAGAGAUUGAUGUUGGCGAAGGACAGCCCAGAACAGUAGUCAGUGGACUAGUCAAGUUUAUACCUCUUGAAGAAAUGCAGAAUCGGAAGGUAUGUGUCCUUUGCAACCUGAAGCCGGCGACCAUGCGGGGUAUCAAAUCACAAGCAAUGGUUCUUGCUGCUUCAGAUAGUGAUCACACUGCAGUUGAGUUGGUUGAUCCACCAAAUUCUGCUCAAGUUGGGGAGAGAAUCACAUUCCCAGGGUUUGAAGGUGAGCCUGAUGACGUGUUGAACCCCAAGAAGAAGGUUUGGGAAACCCUGCAGGUAGAUUUUCACAGUAACGAUAUGCUAGAAGCUUGCUAUAAAGAUAUUCCACUCACUACAUCAGCUGGUGUUUGCACUGUUAAAUCAAUUUGUGGCGGGUCAAUUAGGUAGAAGUGGGAUGAAUUCUGUUGCCGGAAAACACGACUUAUUUUUUCAUAAAUUUUUGUAGAUUUAUAGAAGUCAAUUAUUCAGAGAGAAUACUUCUAUGGUGUAAAAUGCUAAUUUGAGAACAAGCUAUGAAUUUUGAAAAUUUGGUUUUUGUUAAACCUAUGAAUGUAGGAAGGUUUUGGUUUUUGUUAUGUGGAAAAUUUGGGAUUUAUUAACUCUA